AUGAGGGUAGUAGAAGUCAUUAUAGAUGGUUUCAAAUCGUACGCUGUGCGUACCGUAAUUUCAGGAUGGGAUGAGAGUUUCAAUUCGAUUACUGGUCUGAAUGGUAGUGGUAAAUCAAAUAUUCUCGACUCAAUAUGUUUUGUUCUUGGUAUUACGAAUAUGACAACGGUUCGGGCGCAGAAUCUUCAGGAUCUGAUAUACAAGCGUGGACAAGCUGGAGUAACGAAAGCUAGUGUGACGAUUGUUUUCGACAAUCGAGACAAGAAGAAAUCGCCCAUUGGAUUUGAGGAAUAUGCUCAAAUCAGUGUUACUCGACAAAUUGUUCUGGGAGGUACCAGCAAAUAUCUUAUAAAUGGACAUCGAGCACAACAACAAACCGUGCAAAACCUUUUCCAAUCCGUUCAGCUCAAUAUCAACAACCCAAAUUUCUUGAUUAUGCAAGGACGAAUUACAAAAGUGCUGAACAUGAAAGCGGUUGAAAUUCUUGCCAUGAUUGAGGAGGCGGCAGGUACACGAAUGUUCGAGGAUAGAAGAGACAAGGCUUUCAAGACAAUGGCUAAGAAGGAAAUGAAGGUUCAAGAGAUCACUGAGUUAUUGAAAGAGGAAAUCGAGCCAAAGUUGGAGAAGCUGCGGACGGAGAAACGGGCUUUCCUGGAUUAUCAACAAACACAGAACGAUUUGGAGAGACUCACAAGAGUGGUGGUGGCGCAUGAUUACUUGAAGAAUCAAGAAAAGGUUGCCCAAUCAGCUAACGAUCUCGAGCUCAAGAAACAACGGGCGAUAGAAUUGGAGGAAUCAGCGAGUCGGUUGAAAAGCGAAAUCUCAUUCUUGGAAGAAGAUAUCAAACGGGUGAAGGCACAGCGGGAGAAAGAAUUAAAGAAGGGUGGAAAAGCCUCAGCUUUAGAAGAAGAGGUUAAGAAAUAUUCUCAUGAAUUGGUUCGACUUGCGACGGUCAUGGAUCUGAAAAAAUCGAGUAUGGCGGAAGAGCAGGAACGAAAGUUGGCAACUCAAAAGACGGUUUCUGAGAUGGAAUCUCUACUCAAACAGAAAACCAAGGUUUACGAAAAGUUACAAUCGCAAUACAAUAAGGCCAAGGAAGAUUUAGAGAAGCAAAAUUUAGAAGCAGAGACAAAAGAGGAACUUUUGCAAACUUUACAAACUGGUGUCGCAUCCAAAGAAGGUCAGGAGAGUGGAUACCAGGGGCAAUUACAAGAUGCUAGGAAUCGGAUGAGUACUGCUUCUACCGAGCAAGAGCAAGCAAAGUUGAAGAUUAAUCAUCUUGAGAAGAGGAUCAAGGAAGAAGAGCCAAGGUCGAGAAAGGCUAAAGAGCAGAACGCUGGACUACUUGGAGACCUUGAGGGAUUACGAUCUCAAGCUCAGAAACUUGAAAAGGAGCUUCAGAAAUUAGGUUUCGAAGCAGGCAAGGAAGAUGAUAUGUACAAGCAAGAAUCGACUAUUCAGCAAAAUAUCCGAAGGAUCCGGGAACAGGCAGAUGGAUUGAAACGUAAAGUAGCAAAUGUGGACUUCAAUUACUCAGAUCCUGCUCCAAACUUUGAUAGAUCGAAAGUUAAGGGUUUGGUGGCUCAACUUUUCACAAUUGAUAAGAACCACACAGCUGCGGGAACGGCCCUUGAGAUUUGUGCAGGUGGCCGUUUGUACAAUGUUGUCGUUGAUACAGAAGUUACUGGUACCCAACUACUUCAAAAUGGGAAAUUAAGGAAGCGAGUCACUAUUAUCCCUCUGAACAAAAUUGCCGCUUUCCGAGCUUCAGCGGAAAAGAUUGGUGCUGCUCAAAGAAUUGCCCCGGGCAAAGUUGAUCUCGCACUGUCCUUGGUUGGUUACGAUGAAGAAGUUUCGACUGCUAUGGAUUACGUAUUCGGAAACACGCUCAUCUGCGCAGACGCUGCUACAGCUAAGCGAGUUACAUUUGACCCUUCUGUCCGUAUGAAGAGUAUCACAUUGGAAGGUGACUCUUAUGAUCCAUCUGGUACACUAUCUGGAGGUAGUUCUCCAAACUCAAGUGGAGUUCUAGUUACUAUGCAGAAGUUAAAUGAGCUUAACAAAGAACUCAAAUCACAAGAGGGAGAGCUGGCUGAUCUUCAGGCCACCAUUGCCAGAGAGAAGAAGAAGAUAGACCAAGCACGAAAGAUCAAACAAGAGUUAGAUCUCAAGUCUCACGAGGUCAAGCUUACAGAAGAACAAAUCGGAAGCAACUCCUCCUCGUCCAUUAUCCAGGAGAUCGAGAAUAUGAAGGCUAGCAUUAUUCAACUCAAGCAGGACCUGGUCGAAGCAAAGAGACGACAGGAUGAAGCUACAAAAGAUAUCAAAUGCAUUGAGAAGGAUAUGAAAGAGUUUGACACCAAUAAAGAUGGCAAGCUCGUUGAGUUGCAGAGCUCUCUUGAUUCUCUGAGAAAGGCACUCACCAAAAAUUCUGCGGCUGUUAAGGCACUACAUAAAGAGUUGCAAAGUGCCCAAAUGGACACAGAACAGGUUGGAGGUGAUCUUUCAAAUGCCCAAGAACAACUCCAGGAAGUUGAGCAAACAUUGAAAGCCCAGGAAGAGGAAAUUACAAGUUUAGUCUCCGAGCAGGCCCAGGUCAAGGAUUCGCAUGAUAUCUCACAGGCACAUCUCGAUGAUGAACGAGCUAAAUUGACAGGAUUUGAUGAUGAAUUACAUUCUCUUGAGCAAGCAUCAAGAUCAAAAUCUUCUGGCAUCACCGAAGAAGGUUUGGAAAUGCAAAAGCUUGGUCAUCAGAUUGAGAAGUUUCACAAAGAGCAACAAGCGGCUGUGCAAACAGUAUCGCACAUGGAACAAGAGCACGAAUGGAUCGCUGACGAGAAAGAUAAUUUUGGUCGAACUGGAACUCCUUACGAUUUCAAGAGUCAAAAUAUCGCAGAAUGUAAAGCUACAUUGAGGAAUCUUACCGAGCGCUCUCAAGGGAUGAAAAAGAAGAUCAAUCCUAAGGUCAUGAACAUGAUUGAAAGUGUCGAGAAGAAGGAGAUUGCACUCAAGAACAUGAUGAAGACCGUCAUUAGAGAUAAGAAGAAGAUUGAAGAAACUAUCAGCAGUCUUGAUGAGUAUAAGAAAAAAGCUUUGCUAGAGACAUGGCAAAAGGUCAAUAAAAAUUUCGGACAAAUCUUCGCCGAAUUAUUACCAGGCAGUUUUGCAAAGUUGGAUCCUCCUGAGGGAAAGACAAUCGCCGAUGGUUUAGAAGUCAAGGUAUCUCUUGGUAAAGUGUGGAAACAGAGUUUAACAGAAUUGAGUGGUGGACAAAGAUCGCUGAUUGCACUUUCACUCAUCAUGGCUUUAUUGCAAUUCAACCCAGCCCCAAUCUAUAUCCUCGAUGAAGUAGAUGCUGCGCUUGAUUUGUCACAUACACAAAAUAUUGGUCGUUUGAUCAAGACUCGUUUUGGUGGUAGUCAAUUUAUCGUUGUUAGUUUGAAAGAUGGCAUGUUCCAAAAUGCGAAUCGCAUUUUUAGAACGAGGUUUAGUGAAGGAACGAGUGUGGUGCAGAGUUUGACGGCGGCAGAUUUUAAUUGA